AUGGAAAUGAAAUCUGAACAUCUAGAACUGCAGGAAAGCCAGAAAAGCAUGGAGGAUCAGGAUCAAAUGACAUUAGACCAGCGCAUUCUUAAGCGGAAGGGUAAUGAAGAGAGUGAGAAAAAUCCAAAGCUGCUUUGGAUCAGGAAAAGACCUCCUGCUCCUCCGCAUCCACGUUAUUCUCCUGAAUAUAUGCAGGUACUUAUUGAUCAGGUAGAGAGGAAUAAAAGGUCAGUGAGAAAGACAGAUAAGAUCAAUGAUGAAGCUAACUCAUGUUCUCUGAAGAAAGCUCAGGAACUUCAAAUGAAAUUAGCACCAGAAAUGCCUAGUUUCGUGAAAUUUAUGCUUCCAUCCCACGUCAGUAGUUGUUUUUGGCUGAGAAUUCCUGGUAAUUUCUGCAAGUUAAACAUACCAAAAAAGGAUUGUAGCAUUAUGCUGGUAGAUGAAAGUGGUGAAGAGUAUAAAACAAAGUUCCUUGGUGAAAAAGGAGGACUGAGUGGUGGAUGGAAGAGAUUCUCUACUGCACACGAUUUGGUUGAAGGAGAUUCAGUGGUGUUCCAACUUAUCGAGGCUACCAAAUUCAAGGUGUACAUUAUAGGCAAAAAUGGUUUGCCUAAAUGUUCUCAAGUUGCUGGAGAUCUUGCACUUGAAAAGGAAAUUCUUACUGAUAAUGCAGAUGAGGGAGCCUGUUCUUUAUCUGUUCUUCAAGAGAGUAAUCACAAUGAUACUCCUCCGGGAUCAGUUUCUAACCCUGGGCACAGUGAAGAAGUUGGCUCUGAAGAUUUGGAAGGCAUCAGGUCGGCAACAACAAUCAUGAAAUUUAAAGACGUGAAAAGCUUUGAGGAUUUCACCAUUAUAGUGAAUGAUUGGAAUAUAGAUUCGGAACUUUCUGAACAUGUUCGAGCCAAGUAUUAUGAGCUAUGCUGUAGUCAGAAGGCUUUCCUUCACGAUAAUCUUAGCUCAGUCAUCAAUUGUAAGUUAUUGAUUGCUGGAAUAAUUUCUGGGGUCGUGAAUGUGGCUGAAUUCAUACGAUCUUGCAAGCUUAAUACCAAUGAGAAUGACUUUACAAAUUGGAGAAAAUGUUUGGAUGGCUUUGAGAAAAUGGGCAUGAAUGUUGGCUUUCUACAUGCACGACUGCACCAGCUCGAGAACCUUGCCUUUAAGUCAGAAGGGGCAAAGGAUUCAAAGAUUUACAAUGAAGCUGUAUCUCAAAGAACCUGUUUGGUAGAGGAGAUAAGAAAGCUGGAACUGAAGCUUUUGGAAUUAAAAGAGGUCCAUGCAAGUAAAGACGGAGAAAUUAGGACUCUGAAAUUGAAGGCCAAGAGACAUGAGAUGAAGUUUCAAGCUAAGGUUAAUGAUCCAUGGUGACCUUUGUUUUUUUUCAUGUUGCAGUUUCCUCUUUUUUGAGGUAGCCUGAAUUUUGCAGUUGAUCAACAUAAUCCUAUGAAAUCUUGAGAAGAGUAUCUUUUUGUGGAAUAUGAUUUUAUAUGUUUAGUUUUAUGUAAUAUAUGUAGAUCAGCAAUGUAAUUACUUAGGUCUCUCUCUAUGUACAUUAUAAUUAUGUAAAUGAUAAAAAUAU